GUUUUAUUAUUGCGUUUUGAGAGAAAGAAAAGUAAAGUGACUCAUUUAUCUGAAAUAAUAAUAAAAAUUUUAAUAGCUUUAAAAAGAUAAAAAUGGCAAGUCAAGUCCGUCAGAAUUUUCACGCAGACUGCGAAGCUGCAAUUAAUAAGCAAAUCAAUUUGGAACUAUAUGCUUCAUACGUUUAUUUAUCUAUGGCUUACUAUUUUGAUCGCGAUGACGUCGCAUUGCCAGGAAUGCAUUGGUAUUUCAAGCAUUCAUCAGACGAAGAAAGAGAACAUGCAAUGAAGCUAUUAAAAUAUUUGAAUAAAAGAGGAGGUAGAAUUAUUUUACAGGAUAUCAAAAAUCCAGAAACAAGUUGCGAAUAUACAGCAUCCGAAGCUAUGGAAAAGGCACUUGAGCUAGAAAAGAAUGUUAACGAGUCAUUACUCGAAGUUCAUGGAAUCGCCACAAAUCAUAGUGAUGUGAAUAUGUGUGAUUUUUUGGAAAGUGAAUUUUUGCAAGAACAAGUUGAAGCUAUAAAGGAGAUUGCUGAUCAUGUAACAAAUUUAAAACGUUGUGGUGAAGGUUUAGGAGUUUUUAUGUUCGAUAAAACUUUGACUGAAAGCAAGGAUUAAAUGACUUUAAAUUUGUAAUAUCAUAAUAAGGAAAGAUCGCAAGACUUGGAUAUUAAGAUUGUGUUUUUAGGGUUUCAAAUACUAAGAUCGAAAGUUGACUGUUUGUAUUUCAGUUUUAAAUAUAGAUAAAGUGUGUCCAAAGCUUUUACCAACUUCCAAGUCUAAAAUUGAUCUUUCCUUUUUUGAGGUGCUUGAUGCUUUGAUACUAAAUU